CAGGCAGAAGUCGAAAGGGCUCAAAGGAGGAACAACUGCCCAAACCAGUGCCAGAAGAAGGUCUGGAUCAGACACCAUGGGGGCCACAAUGGGCCCGGUUCUACACUGGCUCCAAGAUGUAGCAGCUGUGACUCUCCUCAGAGCCCGGCGGAAUCUAUUUCAGGCUGCCAUCCUGUUUACUGUCCUGGUUCUGCUGCUUUUGGUGUCCGUCUUUCUCUAUGGAAGCUUCUAUUACUCGUACAUGCCCACUGUGAGCUUCUCCAACCCUGUGCACUUCUACUACACGUCUGAUUGUGAUGCUUCAGAGUCAGCACUCUGUUCAUUCCCCACGGCAAACAUCUCUUUCAUGAAGAACGAGAGGGACCUAGUGAUGUCUUACGGUCAGCCUUAUCGAGUGUCUCUGGAGUUAGAGAUGCCCGAGUCUCCAGUGAAUGAACGCCUGGGUAUGUUCAUGGUCAAGAUGUCUUGUUACACCAAGGGUGGAAAGAUUGUGUCAUCAGUUGGUCGAUCUACAACGUUGCAUUACCGCUCCAGCAUUCUGCACAGCCUGAGAACUUUACUGUUCUCUCCUUUCUUUCUGACCGGGACGGCUGAGCAAAAGCAGCUCAUAGAGGUUGAGCUCUUCUCAGACUACAAGACAAAUGCUUAUCAACCCCUUGUUGGUGCAGUCAUUGAGAUCCAGUCCAAACGAGUGCAGAUCUACUCAUCUCAACUCCGUAUCCAUGCUUUCUUCACUGGUAUACGGUAUGUUCUGUACAACUUCCCCUUGACAUCUGCAGGGAUCGCCAUAGCCACCAACUUUGCCUUCCUCAGUGUCAUUGUGCUGUUCAGCUACCUGCAGUUCAUAUGGGGGGGGGGGAUCCGGCCUCCACAGGUAUCGGGAGAUGAUACCUUCAACCAACAGAGGAGAGAGGAGGCUCGGAAAUGCACGGAGAAAGAAAACUGGCAGAAGGAACUUGGUGCUCCAGAGGUUGGAUCUGGCACAGAUACAUCUGGGUUCCAGGGAAAUGUCAUGGUGACGGAGCUGCCAAUGAAGAAGCCCUCAGAAAUCCCAGAUGCCUCUGGGGCUUAUGUGCCAGAUCCUAAAGAGAAAGGGUCUCAUGACCGCUCUCAUGAGGAGAAAGACGGCUCAGACGUGGUGGAUGGAGGCCAGCUGCCCCCCCAGGGUGAGACAUUCCUCCGACAGAGAUCUGGACCGUGGAGGAGCCUGGGAACCACGCCGCUGCACACAGUCAAAGCACCAGCAGUUUAAUAUGAUGUGGCAGAUGUUGAUUGACUCCAGCAAACCCACUGUUUGAGUCAACCUAAUACAGAUGCAUGUGAAUAUUAUACCUGUUUUAGCUAACACUUAUUGUAUGUUGUUAAAAACAGUUUACCUGAUUAUAACUUUGACCGUUUCUCAUUUCUGUCUGCUUAUUGUCUACAGUCUUAUGU